AAACGAUGGAAAGUCCCCUGGUAGGUCUUCGCGAACACCAUAGAGCGCCGGCGGAUGUUGUGAUAGAAACUUAGAAGAUUGGAACCACCCAUAGAGACUCUGGGGCAGUGUCCCAGUUCUAGUAUGAGUAGCCCACCUCAGGGUUCCUCCCUGGCCUCCCCUGUCCAAGCAGCCGCAGUGACAGGGGAUAAGACGACUUUGCUGAAACUUAUCGCUUCCAGUCCAGAAGUGAUUGACCAAGAGGACCAGUUGGGAAGGACACCAUUGAUGUACAGCGUCCUGGGGGACAGGAGAAGCUGCGCAGAAGCCCUGCUCAAACAUGGGGCCCAAGUAAACCACCCUGACAGAAGUGGAAGGACUGCCCUACAUCUUGCUGCCCAGACUGGCAACCAUCGCUUGCUAAAGCUCCUACUGUCCCGCAAGGCUGACUGCACCCACCGGGAUCUGCGUGACAUUACAGCUGUGCACCUUUCUACCCGCCACCAAGAUACGCGAUGCCUGGCUCUGCUUCUGAAAUACACUCCGCCCGGUCAGGUGGAUGCUCAGGAUCAGAGGAAACAGACAGCCCUUCAUUGGAGCGCCUAUUACAACAGGCCACGGCAUGUCCGCCUGCUAGUGCGCCAUGGCUCCAAUAUUGGCAUACCUGACACAGAAGGAAAGAUUCCGCUUCACUGGGCCGCAGGUCACAAAGAUCCAGAAGCAGCCUUAACAGUGCGCUGUUUGCUUGAAGCAGCCCCUACUGAAUCCCUUCUCAACUGGCAGGACUAUGAAGGCCGCACACCUCUUCAUUUAGCAGUGGGAGAUGGUAACCAAGAAGUAGUACGACUUCUCACUUCCUAUAGGGGUUGCAACGUAGCACCAUAUGAUAACCUCUUUCGUACUCCUUUACACUGGGCAGCACUGCUAGGCUACACUCCCAUUGCUCACCUACUUCUUGAAACAAACAAUUCCCCUAACAUUCCUUCUGACAGCCAGGGUGCAACACCUCUGCAUUAUGCUGCUCAGGGAAAUUGCCCAGACACAGUUCGAGUGCUGUUAUCUCACAUUUCUGUGAGGGAUGAGGCUGAUUUGGAAGGUAGAACUGCAUUUAUGUGGGCUGCUGGCAAAGGUAGUGAUGAAGUAGUGAGAACUAUGCUAGAGCUAGACCCUGAGUUAGAGGUCAACAGGACAGAUAAAUAUGGAGGAACUGCUCUGCAUGCAGCCUCAUUAUCUGGGCAGAUUACAACCGUACGCAUCCUCCUGGAAAAUAGAGUUCAAGUUGAUGCUGUGGAUGUAAUGAAACACACGGCACUGUUUAGAGCAUGUGAGAUGGGUCACAGAGAGGUAAUCUCUACCCUUAUCAAGGGUGGUGCAAAGGUGCACCUUGUAGACAAAGAUGGGCGCUCUCCUCUCCACUGGGCAGCAUUAGGAGGAAAUGCUAAUGUCUGCCAAAUUCUCAUAGAAAACAAUAUAAACCCCGAUGCUCAAGACUAUGAAGGCAGGACACCCUUGCAAUGUGCAGCUUAUGGCGGUUAUAUAGGAUGUAUGGAGGUAUUAAUGGAGAACAAGGCUGAUCCCAACAUCCAGGACAAAAAUGGCCGCACAGCUUUGCAUUGGUCAUGUAAUAAUGGCUAUUUGGAUGCUGUAAAGCUUCUUUUAGGAUACAGUGCUUUUCCUAAUCAAAUGGAGAAUACAGAAGAAAGAUAUACACCCCUGGAUUAUGCCUUACUUGGUGGUCACCAAGAAGUAAUACAAUUCAUGUUAGAACAUGGUGCCCUUUCAAUUGCUGCCAUUCAGGACAUUGCAGCCUCCAAAAUUCAGGCAGUAUACAAAGGCCAUAAAGUACGCAGGGCCUUUCAGGAACGGAAAAAUCUAUUAAUGAAGCAUGAGCAAUUAAGGAAGGGUGCGGCAGCCAAAAAGAGGGAGGGUGAGAACAGGCAAAAAGGGAAAGUGGGACAAACAGAGGGCAAGCAAAAAGAUGAAAAUCACGUGAUGAGGCAAGAUAAAUCAAAUGAACACAUUCAGAAUGAGGUCAUGCGUGAAUGGUAUGGUGAAGAGACUGGGAGAGCAGAGGACAGAAAAGAAGAGCACCAAGAGGAAAAUCAAAAUAUUGAACCUAAGCAAUUAAAACACUCCAAACAUAUGGAACAGAACAGUAAAUCUAUAGCAAAGAACCAAAAAAGAGCAGGUCAUAUACAAAGCUCUCCAAUAGAACACGUGCAUACAAAUAGCAUACAAACAAGAAUGAGUCCCAGUAGGACAUCUAUUUCUCAUUCAUCCCCACUGGGAAAUGAAACACCUAAAAACAUGUAUUGGGAUGAUAACCCCACCCAAAACAACACUCAACCUAGGAGAACCUCCAGACCUCAGAUAGAAUCUCCAAAUAUCAUAGUGCACAGAAUUGAGGACCUUGUCCAAAAGGAAAGUAGAAGGAAAUCCCACAGGGAAGAAAGAAAGGGAAGUCACAGACAGAGAGCGUCUAGUCAUCAUAGGCUGCAGGCAAGUGAAAGAGAAACGGCAGGCUCUGUGAUCCAUGGAGAGGUAGAAUUUAAGAAAAAAGAAACAAAGAAAGGCAGAAGAACUGCCGCUGGUACUUCCAAAAUUAGAGCUUCUGGCGAAGCUGGAAGAUUGUCUCAGAGUGAAAAAGAAUUUUCAAGUACUGGAAUCCAAGGAAGGGUGGACUGCAUUACUUCACCUGAAUCUUGUGAAACCCCAAGCAGAGUUUGUCGAGAAAGAAAAAUGAUCUCUGCCAAAAGCGGUCAAAGACCCUUAACAGAAACACAGUCUCCAGAAAAGGCAUGUCAGGGUUCAUCUGCCUUAAAGCCCUCCUUGACCAGCCACACUAAACAAACAGCCAUUGCCAGUAAAUGUUUAGACUCUACACCUAGUUAUAUUGGCUUUGGAGAAGCCAUAAAGCCAUUAACUCCAAUGGGCAUUUUAAGGGAAGGGAGUUUUUCUUCUAAAUGGCAAAAUAUAGAUAUUGAGCUCAUCCCCUUAGAGGCAAGACUACAGCUGGUGGAAAAGGAGAAAGCUAGAAAGCAGCUCUUCCAGCGCAAAAAACAUGCUGCCACUGUCAUUCAGAAGGCAUGGAGAACCUAUUGUAUUAGGAAAAGCUCUCGUAAAACAAGACACAGCCAUUUACGGAACAAUCCUCGAGCCAUGGUUUAAAAUCUAUUUGGGGGGGAGGAUUUGCGCUCUCCAGUGUUGUAAUGUAGGCAAAGUGUUGUUGUUUGGUCUUGCUCACUUAAAAUAAUGAUAUCUGGUAGUCAUGGCUUACUUGAAGGGGCAAAGUUUUGCUUAUUAAAAUGCACUCCUGCCCCAAA